CCUCAAGCCAAUGUCAACAACCCUCGUGCCGGCAGCUUGGAGAUGAAGUUGUUUGCGAAGCCGAAAGUGAGGAGUACAGUUGUAACGUUCCCCUCAAAUACAGAAUAAAGAAGGAGAGGGUUCCUUUGAUGUUCCGGUUGUACUUCCUCCAAACCUUUUCGUAAGAGUGCGCUAGGUUGAUCUUUCUCCAGCUUUGCCAGUGUGCAGGCGUGUGUUGUUUUGUCAUAUCACUAUCAUAGAGAAUCCCGCCGUCGAGAGUCUUGUACAGACGCUCCUUCCAGCCUCCCCCGAUUGAACGCCCAGAAAGCACCAGAAUCAUUAUGUCCGUAGCGGCAAAGCCCAACUGGUGGAAAGCCAGCACCUGCUACCAAAUAUGGCCGGCUUCAUACAAAGACAGUAACGGCGACGGCAUGGGGGACAUCCCCGGCAUAAUCAGCACACUUCCUUACCUGAAAGAUCUAGGCGUUGAGACUGUUUGGCUAUCCCCCAUGUACGACUCACCACAAAAGGACAUGGGUUACGACAUUUCCAAUUACGAAGACAUCUACCCUCCCUACGGCACCAUGUCGGACAUGGACAACCUGAUCAAGUCCUGCCACGACCUGGAUAUGAAACUGAUCCUCGACCUGGUCGUGAAUCACACGAGUGACCUGCACGCAUGGUUCAUCGAGUCGCGCAAAGACAAAACCAACCCCAAGGCGGACUGGUACAUUUGGCGCGAUCCCAAGAUCGUCGACGGCGAACGUCGCCCUCCCAACAACUGGGCAUCGAUAUUCGGUGGCAGCGCGUGGGAGUACGUGCCCGAACGCGACCAGUACUACCUCCACCUGUUCGUCACGGAGCAGCCCGACCUCAACUGGGAGAACGAGGAGACGCGGGCGGCCAUUUACGAGUCUGCCAUCAAAUUCUGGCUGGACAAGGGCAUCGAUGGGUUCCGCGUCGACACGGCGAACCUCUACUCCAAGGACACGAGCUACCCGGACGCACCGGUCGUGAUCCCCAACGAGUACCACCAGCCCGCGUUUCAGUACUACCUCAACGGGCCCCGCAUGCACGAGUUCCUCCAGGAACAGCGCGAGCGCGUGCUAGACAAGUACGGCGACAUUCUCAUGGUCGGCGAACUCCCCAGCACGGGCUUCGAGGAGGUCAUGAGCUACAUCUCGGCCGCGCGGAGGGAGUACAGUUGCGUCUUCGACUUUGACGUGGUCCUCCUGGGCACGCACAAGGACGCGGGGGGCAAGAAGCACCACUCCCACCGACACACGCUGCCGCAGUUCAAGGACGCCAUCCGCAAAGUCCAAGACAUGCUCCGGGGGACGGACGCGUGGACGACGGUGUUUUUGGAGAACCACGACCAGGGUCGGAGUCUUUCGAGGUUUGCCACCGACUCCCCCCAAUUCCGCGAACGGGCGGCCAAGAUGCUCGCCAUCCUCAUGUGUACCUUGUCCGGCACCAUGUUCUUGUACCAGGGUCAGGAGAUCGGCAUGUACAAUUACCCUCUGCACUGGGGCGUCGAGGAGCUGCGCGACGUCGACAGCAUCAACGCCUACAAUGAGGUCAUGCACCACCACAACGGCGACCCCCUGUGGUUGAAAAAGGCGCUCAAGGGGCUCCAGCUCGUCGGGAGGGACAAUGCCAGGUUGCCGGUCCAGUGGGACGCGAGUGCCAAUGCAGGAUUCACCACAGGCAAACCCUGGAUCCGCGUCCACGACGACUAUGAGAGUGUCAACGUCAAAGCCCAGUCGGACGACGAAGGGAGCGUGUUGAGCUUUUGGAAGAGGAUGAUCAAGUUGCGCAAGGAUCACGCCGAGACCAUGAUCUUCAGUCGAGAGUUCGAAAUCUGGGACAAGUGGGAUCAGGACGUCUUCACCUUCACAAAAACCCACCCGGACCGUGGCGGGGAGACGCUGCUGGUCUUUCUGAACUUCUCCGACGAGGAACAGCCGUUGCAUUAUCCUACCGCUCUUGCGAGCGCACGCCAGGAGCUGCUCGUGAGUAGCGCCGACAACGUGGGACAGUACCUGAGUCCCUGGGAAGGGAGGGUGUAUCUUUACAAGGAGACCGUGCUCAAUGGCGCAUGAGACCAAACCGAUGUUGUCGGGCGACGUGAGAAAAGCCGCCUCGAAUCUUGAGGCAUGUUGUGCGGUCGUCUCUUUCCCCCUGAACAAAGCGAGUAACAUAGAGUAGAGCAUACAGCGUAGAUUUAUAGCAGAGUGUCAGCGUAUGUUUGUAUUCAUUAAUCUAUAUCUAUAUUAGACAUGGUAUGCAAGAGUAUUUGC